GCCGUGCGCGUGCGAUGCGAGUCAUUCGAGCAGACGAAGUGAGACGUGACGGUGACGGUGCGAGACCACGAGACGUCACCUUGGCUUUUUUGCGUGUUUAGCAGGAUCGUGUGCGAUACGGCUUCGUAUUCAGAGUGAAUUCGGAAUGUGUUGCGCGCUACAAUCGAUAAAACACACGAGCCUUCAGCUAUCAUCCGCCGCCACGCCGACGUAAACAUAACCUAAUCCUAACCUAGAGACGCAACUCUUUCCAACCACUUUUCCGAUAUAUGGUACUUUAUGAGCGUCCUCUGAACAACCUGUUAAGAUGGAGGAUUUGUCGGGGGAGUCCUUUCAGCCAAUCUUGAGCUCUCAGGAGGAAGACAAUUUUCAGCAGUUAAACACCGUGUCAAUCGUAUCGAUUCCACUUUUGCUCGGAGUCUCUUUGGGAAUCUGUGGGAUUGUGUUUGUGUCCGUUUGGCCAGAGGAGCAGAACAAAUGCGAUACAUAUUUUAUAUACUUAUACCUUCACUGUGCCUAUUGGCUGAUAGUCAUGACGAUAGACCACGUUGUCAAGGCGAGACACCAUAAUUUGCGCAUUAAUGGGUACCUAGAUUUCUAUCAGUCGACAUAUCAACUUAUAAGGACGCCUCUUUUCAUCGCGUCAUUGUGGAACACAUGCUACUUGUUGCUAGCUGUAAUUUUACAUCACACGCAUAAAGUCGACUACGAACGAUAUUGCAGGACAUCAGAGUGGUUCACGCCACUUAACUAUAUUUUUCUUUUGACUGUUUUGGAAGUCGUGAUAAUCGUGCCAGCUUAUAUUAAUUAUAUCAAGAAAGUUAUGAGAUUCAAUCGAUUACGUCCACCGCCUGACGUCACUCGCGACGAAUGGCUGUCGCCCUUUACACAAGAUUCCUACUCCGGAAUGGGGGAAAUUGGGUAUCAUCAAAGGGGGAGGAAUUUGGAGGAACUGCUGGAAAAGCAGGCAGACUUGAUAAGGUAUCUAAGGGAUCACAAUUCAAAGCUAGGUCAUAGAAUAAUGUUAUUAGCGUCUCGUAGAGCAACAGAGACAUGAAACAAAUUACAUAUUUCUUAAGAAAUGACGAAAGACGCUUAUUAUAUUAUUAUUUAGAAUCGUGAUGUUAAUUGAAGAUCAGGAUUUAAAUUUUUCAAAUGUGAUAUAUAUUAAAUUUAAAUAGUAAAUGUAUAGAUGUAUAACAACAUGUAUCAAAUAAUUAGAAAAUUAUACUAUCAUGAAUUUUCUUAAAAAUUAAUUCUUACAACUUGCAUAUUUUAUAACUGUUUUUUUCACAUCGUUUUUGAGACAUCUGUUGCGUAAGGUGUAUCUUCAUCUUUUGUAUCUUCAUCUGUACAUUUUUUCAAUUUAUUGUAUCCAUAGACACAUUGUAAAUAGGAGAUUUUAGUUAAAUAAAUAGCACUGUUUAAUAUUUACCAUAAA